AUGAAUGACUCCGAACAGGCGAAAGGAGAUGUCAUUUCGCAUGUUUUGACUCGUUCACCGAUAAGCAAUGGUGCCUCUGGAAGUCUGUCGGUACUCGCCACAGGUGACAGAGAUUCCAUACUUGUACCGCAACCCUUCAGGCGGAAGGACAUUUAUAAUCUCAAGGAUUCUGGCAAUCCAAUAACGCACAGUAAGGCGUAUGAGAAGACUCAACAUAUCCACUCGGUCGCCUCCGGACACCAAAGGGGUGGUGGAAGCAUGAAUGCGGCCGUCAGGAAUGCUAUUCAGGAAAGGCUAGACGCUCAGUCUCUUGCUGAUCUUCAAGAUGUUCCUGGUUCCAAGGCAACAAGGAAAAUUUUUGCCGGUUUGAAGGUGUAUGUGAAUGGAUAUACGAAAGGCACGACUAGAAGCGAGAUUGUCAAGCUCGUUGAUCUUCACGGCGGCUAUAACCUUCGAACAGCGACCGGCGCCACCCAUAUUAUCACGUCUAUGGCUUUGAGUGGCACAAAAACUCAGAAGAUACUAACUGGCAUUAGUGUCAAGACAAAGCAAUACGUCGUCAAACCCGAGUGGCUAUUCGAUUCGAUAGAUGCAGGAAAGAGACUCAACGAAUUCAAGUACAACAUCAUUGACCAAAGCCAGGUUCAAAGCCAGUUGAAAUGGGGGAAGGAUCCCCUCCCCGGUUCUAAGGACUAA